AUGCCGGCUCGUACACAAGCCGGUGCACCUGUACACUCGAACACGCGGGAGAAGCCAUGGCUAAAGCUGAAUCUCCGCAGUAGAGCAGCUGCCAGGUCCUUUGCAGCCUGGUCUUCUUCCUGUGUAGACGUAGCAGUGGAACUAGGGGGAUCAAGAGCGCAUGUCUUGAUGCAGCCAAACGGGAGCGAGGAAGCAAUGUCCAGUCUUGCCUGGUUGACAUCUGCCAGCACGAUAGUCGUAAAAUGCUGCGUGACAGCCAGAGCUGAUGCGAGAAGCAAGCCAAUGGCACCAGCUCCAAAUAUCAGCACUGCAGUUUCGCUGUCUGGGGCGGCGCCACCAUUCGCAGCCGCGACGGACUUAGCAAGUGCUACGUCUUCUGCCGUUGGUGGGUUGGAGCGAUUAAUCGCAUGCAGACAGACAGCAAGAGGUUCGAGCAGAGCUCCCUGCACGUCCGAGAUGGAGGCAGGUAAACGAUGGCACAUAGCGACCGGGUGGUUGGUGACGUCCAUUAGCGUCCCGUCCAGAUGGGGAAAUACGGCCGCUGAGCUGCGGAAUCUCAGAGAGCGACAGAUGUUGUAUCGGCCCAGGCGGCAGUGA